AUGUUUUUGUUUAUUUUAAAGCUAAUCUUUUUGGUUUAUUCUUAUACAUAUCUUUUUUUUUUUUUUUUUUUUUUUUCUUUUCCAAAUAUAUUUUUUGAACUUUUUAAAGUUUUAUAUUGGAUUAGUAAAAUGGGCGAGACACUAUCCAAACCUGUUACGGAGAAGCAUACAAGUACCUUUGAAACCUCACAUUUGCGUGUCGGAUGUUGUGGAAUGCAAGGAUGGCGCAAAUCAAUGGAGGAUGCCCACGUGGCUCAGCUAAAUCUUGAAGGUGAUAAACACCAUGCGUUUUUUGGAGUCUUUGAUGGACAUAAUGGGUAUAAAAUUGCGAAGUAUUGCAGUGGACAUAUUCUUGAUGAACUUAUGGCCACACCAGAGUACCGCGAGGGCGUAUACGAUGAGGCGUUUAAAAAGGCUUUUAUAUCUCUAGACCGGAAGCUUUCUGAAAUGCCUGCACUUCGUUCAGAAGGAGGGACGGCGAUAAUUUGUGUACUGCUUGCACAGGGUGAAAUUGUAUGUGCAAAUGCCGGUGAUAGUCGAGCGGUAUUAUUUCGGGGAAAUAGAGCUAUUCCCUUGAGUACUGAUCACAAGCCUUCUGUAGCUACAGAGAAGGCGAGAGUCGAAAAGGCUGGUGGGACUGUUCAAUGUCAACGGGUCAAUGGUACACUUGCACUUAGCCGGGCAAUAGGUGACUUUGAUUUCAAAGAAAAUCCAAAAGUUUCCUGGGAGGAACAAAUGGUUACAGCUUUACCAGAGGUGAAUAGAGUGAAAUGGACCUCCGAAGAUGCAUUUAUAGUUAUUGCUUGUGAUGGAGUGUGGGAUGUUCUUUCUAAUGAGGAAUGUUGUGAUCUUGUUAAGAAGGGUCUUAAGGAAACAGAUAGUGAUAUUGGUUUGGUGUGCGAAAUGGUGUUGGAUAAGUGUUUGGCCCCCAGGGUACAAGGGGUUGGUUGCGAUAAUAUGACAAUUAUUGUGGCUCAAUUCAAACCAGCUUUUUUCUGUUAG